GAUUCCUCGAGUGGAGGGGCCCUUGGUUACCAGGCAGGCAUGAGCGACUCGGAGCGUGGCCCGGCCCCGGGCGAGGAGGACGGUGGAGAGCCGGAGGAAGAGGGGGAGGAUGAGGAGGAAGAAGCCGCUGCCGGGGACGCGGGUGCCGAGCCUGCGCCGGGGGCGCGGAAGGCCCGCGGUGGGCGGAAAGCUCGGGGUAGGCCGCGCCUCACCGAGUCUGACCGGGUACGACGACGUCUCGAAUCCCGCAAGAAAUACGAUGUGCGGAGGGUCUACCUGGGCGAGUCUCACGGCCCGUGGGUGGACCUGAGGCAACGCAGUGGCUGGAGUGACGCCAAACUCGCGGCUUACUUGCUGGAGCUGGAACGAGAACAGCGGGCCGGGCGCCGCGGGAAGCCAUGGGAGCAGAUGCCUUAUGAACCACAGCGGAAGAAAAGAAGAAGGCGGAACGUGAACUGCCUAAAGAACACAGUGAUCUGGUAUGAGGACCACAAGAAUCGCUGCCCCUAUGAGCCCCACCUUUCAGAGCUGGACCCCACCUUUGGGAUGUACACCACAGCUGUGUGGCAAUGUGAAGCCGGACAUCGCUAUUUCCAAGACCUGCACUCCCCGCUUAAGCCGCUUAGCGACUCUGAGAAUGAUUGUGACAAUGUUGCCAAUGGCACAGGGGCUGGAAGCUCUGGGUCUUCAGAGGAGAGCUCUAGCUCUGAGGCAGAGGAGCAACCAGAGAGCCAGAAGGCCAAACCCCAGAUGAACCAGCCACCAGCAAACGCAGAAGGCGAAAGUGCCAGCGGGCUCAUCACUCAGGACGGCAUCCACAUUCCGUUUGAGCACCAUAUUGAGAACCUGACGGCAGAGCAGGGGGCUGGCAUGUGCCCCAAUCCGCCCCUCAAUGGCCCAGAGACAAUGGAAACUGUGGUAUGCGUGCCAGUGCCCAUGCAGAUGAGUUCUGGCCAUGGGACUCUAUUUGAGAACGUUACGCAAGAGACACUUGGUGAAGUUGUGGCCAGCUGCCCCGUGCAAGGUGUGAUGCAAGGCUCACAGGUGAUCAUCAUUGCUGGGCCUGGCUAUGAUGCUCUCACGGCCGAGGGAAUCCAGCUGAACGUCACCAGCACAGGAGGAGAGGAGCUGCCUUGUGCCAUGAUUGAGGGUGUGGCAGCUUAUACUCAGGCAGAGCCUGAGAAUGGACAGCCCAGUAGCAUGGAGGCCAUGGAGAGCAUGGAAUACAUCAAAACCAAAAAAGAAAACGAGGAACUUUUUGAGCUCAAAAAAGAGGAGCCGCCGCCCCCAACAGAAAUAGAGACACCCUGUGACCCAGAGCCAGCCCAUGAGAGUGGGAGGCUGGAGCCAGAGCCUGAACCUGAAGAGGAGACAGACGGCAACGACAUGUCAUCCAUUAUCUAUGAGAUUCCGAAGGAGCCUGAAAAGAGGAGGCGGAGCAAAAGAGGACGUGUGAUGGAUGCAGAUGGCAUGUUGGAGAUGUUCCACUGUCCCUAUGAAGGGUGCACCCAGGUCUAUGUAGCUCUUAGUAGUUUCCAGAAUCAUGUUAACCUCGUCCAUCGGAAAGGAAAGACAAAGGUGUGUCCCCACCCAGGUUGCGGCAAGAAGUUCUACCUGUCUAACCAUCUCCGGAGGCAUAUGAUAAUUCACUCAGGAGUCCGUGAGUUCACCUGUGAGACCUGCGGAAAAUCCUUCAAGCGGAAGAACCAUCUGGAAGUCCAUCGUCGAACACACACGGGAGAGACACCUCUCCAGUGUGAGAUCUGUGGCUACCAGUGCCGGCAGCGGGCCUCUCUCAACUGGCAUAUGAAGAAGCACACCUCAGAAGUCCAGUACAACUUCACUUGUGAGCACUGUGGCAAACGCUUCGAGAAGUUGGACAGUGUCAAGUUCCACAAGUUAAAGAGCCAUCCAGAUCACAAGGCUUCCUGAGCAUGGACCACUUUAUUUAUUGCCCCAGCAAAAGACCCAGGCCAACCAAGGGCACUUCUGGCACAUUCACAGCUGGAGAUGUGAUGUGUUCUACUUGCAGCAGAAGGAUCCGUCCCUCUGUCAUGUCACAAGGGGCAGCUUCUUAAGAGCAGAUGGCGACAGACUUUAAACGUUUUAGUUCUGAUGUGCAAGUGUCCGUGUUCUCAGGUAUUGCGGGGGGGGGGGGAGGUAUUCAAACAGCAUCAAAUCAGUUCAUCCUGUAAUUGGCCACUGUGGUGCUAUGGCUGUCCUUUCUCUCCAAGGCAGAAGGGACACUGCAACAGUAGGCAAGAAGAAUCUUAAGCCAAUUAAAGUGUCUGUCCUUUGCUCUUUGCUGAGCAACACCUGUGUUCGUCUGGCCACCUUAUGCUUGGUCUGAGGCAGGAGGGUCCUGUCACUGGCAUACGAGGGCUACAGAAAGGCCGCUUCCGGUGCGAGAACUCUGGAUCUCAUUCACGUGACCGCUUUCUAUCUGCUUUUAGCAAAUUCAACAUGACUCUGGCUGAUCUGCGUUUAUUGAUUCAGUGAAAGGCAAACACUUGCAAAAGGUUGAUGAAUCAAAGAAGGUUAUAUGCUGGCUCGAAGCUGCCUCUUAACCUUCAGUGCAGUUGGAAAGCAAGACAGAGUUUGCUGUUGGAAAGCAAGACAGAGUUGCCCUGGGCAUUACUUUUCCUGGAGUGUCCAUACCCCAUAAAGCAAAAGCACAUGGUAAAUAAACUCAGAUUCCAGCUC